AUGUCCGAUUCCUUCACUCUCCCACUUCGCGCCGCCCUGGAGAAGCAGGACCGCCCUGACACCCUGCCGGUUGAAAUCUCUCAGAUCAACAGCCACUGGGGUUCCUUUCGAGAUGUCAACGAAGAGAUUCUCCGAACCAAGAUCGCCGAGGAAAAGGAACGCGAUGAAAUACUUGAAUCAGAAGAUGACGAUCAAGACAAAGGGGAUGUGGACACUACAGAGCGCCUUGAACAGCUGUACAAGAAGCGCGCCGAGAUUACUCAAUUCGCAGUGUUGGUCCCUCAUAUACUCCUGGUUGUAUGGAAGCUAAUCCACACAUUUUAG